CUGUGAACUUUCACGAUGCUGCGAAAGGGUGCAAGCCGGAUUCUUCGUGAAAUACAACAUUCGACAAGUCUAUCUGGUCAGGCCUCUAAGAGCACAGCUGCUGCGUCUGCUUACGAUGGACUCCCUGAGAUGCCACCUUGUGACGUUAAACCACUGCCCCAUGAUGGUCCUGAUUUUGACCGUGCUAUGGCAGUCCGCAAAGCUAACCUCCCCCCGGGGAUCUUGACGUUCUACCGAGAGCCAGUGUACAUCAACCAGGGCUACAUGCAGUACUUGUGGGACACAGCUGGCAAACGAUACAUUGACUUGUUCGCUGGGAUUGUUACAGUUAGUGUUGGCCACUGCCACCCAAAAGUUGUGGCUGCAGCAGAAAAACAGCUGCACAAAUUAUGGCACACCACCAACAUUUAUCUUCAUCCGAAAAUUCAUGAGUAUGCUGAACACCUGGUCUCCAAGAUGCCAGGAAACUUGAAGGUCGUAUAUAUCACCAAUUCUGGCUCUGAGGCGAAUGACUUGGCUAUACUCAUGGCCCGUAUGUACACGGGUGUCUACGACUGCAUAUCGUUGAGAAACGGCUAUCAUGGAGCUAGUCCAUACUUGAUGGGCGUCACGGCUCUAUCCACCUGGCGUUACAACAGCCCCACAGGUUUCGGUUUCCAGAACGCCAUGAACCCUGACCCCUACCGUGGGCCGUGGGGGGGCAAGCAUUGCCGUGACUCUCCGGCUCAGCCGGGCAGAGCAUGUGACUGUGCAGAGGGUGAGUGCCAAGCGUGUGACAUGUACGUCGACCAGUUGGAGGAUGUCAUGAGGUACUCUAUGCCCAAAGGUCGAGUUGGAGCUUUCAUUGCUGAGGUCAUUCAGGGUGUGGGCGGAGCUGUCCAGCUUCCUGAUGGGUACUUGAAGAAGGCCUACGAGAAAAUCAGGGCCCAUGGAGGUGUCUGUAUCUCUGACGAGGUUCAGACAGGUUUUGGCCGGCUGGGAUCUCAUUACUGGGGGUUCGAGAGCCAGGAUGUCAUGCCAGACAUAGUGACGAUGGCCAAGGGCAUGGGUAACGGAUACCCUAUGGGUGCUGUAGUGACUACCCCAGAGAUUGCCGCCACCCUCAGCAGUGCUCUCCACUUUAACACGUUCGGUGGCAACCCUGUGGCCUGUGCUGUAGGCUCAGCUGUGCUGGAUGUGAUUGAUGAAGAAAAGACUCAGGCUUUGAGUGCGAACAUUGGAACGUACUUCAUUGAGGAGCUGCAGAAACUGAGGUCAGAGUUUGAAGUGGUCGGAGACGUACGUGGGAAAGGCCUCAUGAUUGGUGUGGAGCUGGUCAAAGACAAAGAGUCCCGCACCCCACUGGCAGCAGAGGAGGUGACCAGUAUUUGGGAGGAUACAAAGAACAUGGGUGUCCUCAUUGGAAAAGGUGGCUUGUUUGGAAACUGCUUGCGGAUCAAACCCCCCAUGUGCAUCAGCAAAGAGGAUGUUGACUACAGCAUAGCAGCCAUGCGAAUUGCCUUACAGAAGCAUGCUGGAAAAUGAAUCUAGUCAGACAGCAACCUUCAUACUUACUAUGUUUUUAUCGGGUUUGUAAAAUUUUUGCCAUGAAAUGUCUUGAAACAACGAAAUUUAAGUGGGGGGGGGGGGGUUGUUUUGUUUUUAUUUGUUAUCUCUCCCUGUAAGGAAGCUUGAUAUAUAUAAUAUGUAUAUAUACAUAUAUACCCCUCUAAGCCCAAGUUUGCCCUGAACAUGCAAGGUUGAUGCAGCCCAAUGCCUUUACCUUAUAAAUUUUGUGGAUGCGAGCAGAAAACGGUUACAAUUAUUGUUUUUUUAAAAUGUUAUGAACUCUUGUGAUUUCUGUUUCUGUGAGUCCUUUGAAAAGAUUUGAACGACCUUGUAUACUACUUACCAUUGUUGUUUUUUAUGGUACAUUUUUUAUUAGUUUGUGUCUGGCGCUUCUAUCAUGGACUGCACCGUAAGCUUAGCUGAUUUCAGUCUAGGCUGUCAUGAAGACGACCCUACUUUGAAGCAUUGCCAGUGACGAUUUCUUGAAGUUGGUGUUGUUUAUGGAAUUUUAACGGGUCUCUUCCUUUUAAGCUUGGUCUUAUUUGGGACGGGCAUGAAUUAAGAGGUCCCACUCCUUUACUUAAGCAGUGUAAACUUUCAGUUUUGAAACAGGCAUCAGACCUUUACCUUAUAAUGCUAACCUAUUUCACUUGCAGGAAAUAUUUGAAGUAAUGGCAGUUACCAUUAACAUCAGUGCUCUAGUACUUCUUCUCAACUUCGAAUAGAAUUUGUUUUGGCUUUUGCUUUGAUUGUUUUGACAAUAUGCUUGAUGAUGUGACUGUUUCCAGCUAAACUGUGAUGUCCCAUUCUAUUCCAUUGUUUUCUCUCUGUUAUUUUGCUUGCGGCAUGAUUUUCUUUGAAUUGAUUUUUUCCUGAUUGGUUGUCACUUCCUGUUGUUCUUUUUCCGUUUAGUUAUAAAAUCUAUCCCUCAAGGCUUUCAUAUUCUCUAGUCUUGUAUUUCUUAACAUUUUCACUUUUACCUGAAUGUAGCUGUGCAGUAUCACAUUUUAUGGCGCCAGUUCUCCAGAGUGGGGGGUUGGAGGGCAGCUCACCAUCGCACGCAGAAGACGGUAGUUCAAUUCCCUUGUGGGGAGAGUUGUUUUUAUUCGAGUAUCUUUGUCUGUCUGCUGAGACAUUGUUUCCCUCUCGGCUUGAAUUGGCCCUGAUAAGCAUGGUUGAAGAAGCCCGCCUCCUAAAUAAUCUAAAUAGUGUCGAUGGGGGCAUAAAGCAGCUACAGUGUUAUUGUACAAACUUUUCUAUCAUAAGUUGUGAUCCUGUCUUUGUUGAUGCUAUCACUGUUGUGAUGCUGGUGUGUGCGUUGUAAUGGUUCUUAAGUAGGCCCUUUUAGCUGUUGUAUGUAGAAAAGGCGAGUUCAAAUCUGGAGUGGAGAAGUUUUUUUAUUGAGUGUUUCGGUUUGUCAGCUCGGGUACAGUAUCUCAUUCUGGAUUGGAUCCUGACAAGCAGGGUCAAAGCAAUCUGUGACUUGAACGUCUAAAAGUGUUGAUGAGGGUAUAUAUACUAGUCUCUUCAAAAGGUUCUGCAUAAUAUAGCUAACCUGAUCAGGUGUUAAAACUUGGGUAUAGAGCUGUUUUUUUAUUUUUGUUAUGAUUUGCCCCAAAGAAAGCCUAAUUCUUUCAACUCCAACAUACCUUUUGUGUAUUGCUCAAGUUUAGUUUGCUGCUGGUGGUAUUGUGUUGCUGUUUGCAAUUUUUCUACCUCCUUUGUGUUUCCCCAACAGUUCUGAAUGCAUACCUUAUUGUGUGCUUCAUUAACCCACCUGCGCAGUUUGGUUUAUUUUUAUUGUCAGUUUUCUUUAAUAUCGGCUCAUAAACUCUCUUCUGUAUCAGCAUGUGGUGUAAUGGUCAGGAUGUAAUAUGCUCAAUCUAGUUAUUUGUCCUGCGAGUACUAAAAAAUGACAAAUUGACUGUGGGUUUUUUUGUGUGUACUUGUACUUGUAUUUUGUUUGGUCAUACUUGUUUCAUAUUACUCAAGAACCAUCGCUAUAUAAUAAUAUACACAGAUGAUUCCAAUUAAAUAUUUCCAAUGUGUAUUGUGACGAGUGUGAGCUCUGUGAAUGUUGAUAGAAUUUCCCUGUGGAAACUAAAUUGGCCUAUGUAUUUCAGAGUGGAAAAAUGUCCCAGUGAAGGCUCUUGUUCAUGUAUGUCGAUAUGUUGUGAAACUGUUGAAAUGAUGGACAUUUGAAUAAUUUUUUUCUUGAAUUAUUUUAUUUUUUGUUGAUUAUUUUAUUUAGUUUCUUUACGCACAACAUUUGUUUCUCGUAAUAUUAAACAUUGCGACUACUGCCCCCUUUUAUUCCACUGCAGUUUUCUCUUGUGAUGACCUUUUAUUUUUAUAACUUUUUGCUCAUAUUAUGUUACUCUCCAUGCUAUAUGAUGGAAGUGAAAGACGUAGCACUGUAUGCUAGAUAGACUGGAAAGUUUGAGGGUAAGAGAUAUGUGAUGUCACUGAGGUGAUGUGUACUUCUCUCGUACUUUCUUACACAUUAUUACUGAUAUAAUCUGCGGUUACUAUUAAACUGAUGGAUGAAAGA